UGCAGAUAUUGAUUGUGAAACUCAGGCUUACAACAUGAAAGGCUAAGCCUAGGCCUAGCCCACCUUGAAAAAAAUGAGAUUUGUGUUAGCAAACAAGUCAGGUCAACUUGUGAAGGCUUAGGCAAGCCAAGCCAGGCCACCUCAUAUAGCUUUAAUAUAAAGAGAAGCUUCACUUCAAACCAUGAAGUUUGCAAGUGUGAAGUCAUGGCUUGGCCUGGAUGCUCUUGGAAACUCAGGACCAACAGCUGGGUUGGUGGAGAUCAAUUGAAGAUGCGAUGAGGGAUGAUUCUCUGAGGGCACUUGUAAGUGACUCAUCUGAAGACUCUCUUCUUUGGGAAGGUGAAUCAGAGGUGGCUGAAGCCAUCCUGACCCUCUAUCUGAAGUUUGUGUUGGGAUUCAGUGAAGACUCUGCUACUGUCAUAUACCAUGUCUUCAAUAUGUUCUGCUAUUUCACCCCACUUCUUGGAGCCAUCAUUGCAGAUUCUCUUCUUGGGAAAUUCAGGACAAUAUUCUACCUGUCAGUGAUCUAUGCUUUUGGAAAUGUUGUCAUCUCCAUUUCUUCUGGACCGAUUCAAGGUUUUCCACAAAUUGAAUUCACUAUGUUGGGCUUGGCAUUGAUUGCUUUUGGAACUGGGGGUAUCAAACCCUGCGUUUCAGCCUUUGGUGGUGAUCAGUUCAAACUUCCAGAACAAGAGAAGCAGCUCCAGCAGUUCUUUUCUCUGUUUUAUUUUGCCAUCAAUGCAGGCUCCUUGAUCUCCACUUUUAUCACUCCCAUGCUGAGGCAGGAUGUAUCUUGCUUUGGAAAUGACUCUUGCUACCCUUUGGCCUUUGGUGUACCAGCUGGAUUGAUGAUAAUCUCUCUAGGCCUGUGGGAAAGCCCUGCUGAUCACAAGGUCCUGGAACGUACGUUGGAGAAGAGCCUGGACAUGUCUCCCAAAGUGUGGAGGGACCUGUGUCUCUGGCCGAUACAGCACUGCCCUGGUGGUGAUAUCCAGAAACUUUUCUUCAUUUUCCUGAUUGGAAAGUCCAUGUACAAAAUAAUUCCUCCAGAAGGGAACAUCAUUGUCAGAGUGGUCAGCUGCAUAUGUCAUGCCCUAAAAAGAAGAGCUGGACCCAAGACAGAAAAGAAGGAGCACUGGCUUGAUUAUGCUGAUGACAGGUAUGAGAGGACUUUAAUUGAAGAUGUCAAAGUUGUUCUCAAUGUGCUGAUGCUCUACCUUCCUCUACCAGUUUUUUGGGCUCUGUUUGAUCAGCAGGGGUCCAGAUGGACAUUCCAAGCUGCUCGCAUGAAUGGUCAGUUAGGAAGUUGGACAAUAAAACCAGAUCAGAUGCAAGUGAUCAAUCCUUUCCUGAUUCUGGCCAUGAUCCCCAUGUUUGAGACUGUUGUCUACCCACUCCUCAGUAAAUGUCACCUCUUAGAAAAACCACUCCAGCGCAUCACUGUUGGAGGAUUCUUGGCUGCUUUAGCUUUCAUAGUAUCUGCUCUGGUCGAAUUCCAACUUGAGAAAACCAACCCAGUAUUCCCAAGGCCAGGUCUUUCAAGGUUGAAUGUGAUCAAUGGCAUUGAUUGCCCCAUUGAAAUGCUGAACACUGGUGGUGCAGAGUCACUUGUUGCUGUAGAACCUCUUAGGAUGAAGACUUUUGAAAUUCCAGCUGGAAUAUAUGACAUUGGUCUCUUGGUCAACAUGAGCUAUUGCACUGGCCCAUACAAACCCAAUGGACCUAGUGUCCCUAACCAAUUCCCACUUGAGGCUCAGUCAGAGAAGGUUUCUACUAUUUUGGUGACUCUGAAUUCUGACUACCAAGAAUUGGCAAAGCAACUUUACCCAUCAGAUGAUAUACGCAAGUCAGGUGCUGGGAAUAUCAAAGUCAGAUUGGUACACAGCUUGUUUGGUGGAAGUCCCUUCAACGGAACCGUGAAACUCGUAUCACCUCAUGGCCAUCUUGGUGCUGCUUUCCCUGUCAACAUUGGAAUAGGAGCGGCUGCUUUUCAAGAAUUGGAAGCUGCUAAUGCUGAAUACCAAGUUGUGUUGGAGUAUGGAAAAGAAAAUAUUACCAAGGAACUUGGCUCAUUCCAAGGCCAAGCAGGAGGAGUAUACAGCAUCCUCAUCCAUGGCAACAUGGCCUCCACCCCUGUAAGUGUCCAUCAAGUGACUUAUUUAUUUCUCAGUCAUGUCAUCAUAACUGUGUUGAUGGAAUCCUUUGUCAUGACACCCCCAAACACCAUUCAUAUGACCUGGCAGAUCCCUCAGUACUUUCUUAUCACGUGUGGAGAAGUGAUGUUCUCCAUCACUGGACUGGAAUUUUCUUUCACUCAGGCUCCACAAUCAAUGAAGGCUGUGGUGCAGUCAGCUUGGCUCUUGACAGUGGGCUUUGGGAAUUUGAUCGUUGUCCUCGUGGCUGAAUCCCGAUUGUUUCAGCGACAGGCACUGGAAUUCAUGUUUUUUGCUCUCUUCCUUGCCAUCGACAUGAUGAUAUUUCAUGCUGUUGCUGUGAAGUACCAGGAACGAACCACUUCAGAAAGCCACCCUCUCCUCUCACCCAGUACUAAUGAAACUCCUCAAUAUGAUGGUUCCCCAAUGUGAUCAAGACUGAUAAAAGUUUAUAUUGGGACUGUCUAGUGCUGUCAUUCACUGAAUGAGUUUGAAUGACAAGGUUCUGAAUGCCUCAGCAGGCUCAGCUUACUCUCAUGUUUCAAUACUCACAUCUUUUGCAAUGCUUCAAGACAUCUUUGAUGUGAGGGCUUUUGCACAAUUGCAUGGAUGUUGUGCUCUUUAAAAAUCUUCUUCCCCCUUUGCUGGUACUUGGGACCUUCAAGGAAAUGUUUUGUAUGUUGUUAUUGGCAUUGUCAAGUAUUUCUCUGGUUGCUUCCUCUGCAUGGAACUUCAAAACUCACUAAUCCUUCUCUAACCUCUGGGAUUCUCAUAUCAAAGUCCCAAUAGCAUGAAGUCGGUUCUACAAGCAGCUUGGCUCUUAUGUGUGGCUGGUGGGAAUCUCAUCGUUGUCAUUGUGUCUGGAGCUCAUUUAAUAGAGAGACAAGGGAUGGAGUACCUCCUUUUUGCAGGCCUCAUGAUCUUGGACAUGCUUGUUUUCAUGGUGCUGGCUGUAAGAUACAAAUCAAGAACUGUAGAGUCAUGUCCUGCUGUGCAUUGUGUGAAAAAUUCACAUGAAACUGCUGACACCCACCUGUGAUUCAAUUCCUUAAUCUGUGAACUUGUUUGUUACCAGUACCAUUUAGAAUCAAGUGUGAACUGUGUAUCCAUCUAUGCUUGACUACAUUCUUUGCUGAAGGUGUCUCAGGGCUUUUAACUGUGCUUCCCCUUAAUUUUAUUCCAUGUCUUUCUUCCUUUUGAUGUAUUUUCUGACAUGUAUAUUGCAAGAUGUUUGGAUUGGGGACAAGGUGUUAGCUACAAUAGAAUAUCGAAAUCUUCAACAUUGUAACUGAAUUUAUGUCGAAAAAUAGUGAAAUUGUAGCAGUUCUUAAUUUCUGAACUUCAGUUGUGAGUCCUUGAAGUUAAACAUAGUCUCUCCCCCAAGAUUGGACUGAUAUAUAAACUUUUUAGAAUUUUUAUGUCAACUGCAUGAAGAAGGGCCUGGAAUGGUUUUCCAGAUUGAUGUAAGGGAAAUUAAUAUUCAAAGAAGUCGUGUUAAUUUUAGCUGCCUUGAGAAAAGCUCCCUUUUUGUAUUGUUACCCUCUGACUGUAUUCUCCAUUGGUACAGUUACAGAAGCUUGGGUCAUGGCAAAUAAGUUGUAAUGAAUCAGCUUUUUGCACUUUAUGACUAAAGUGAAGGUCAUCACUGCCCCUUUUGCAUUCUGCUACUAAAUCAUUUAACUGUGAAUUUUGAGCUUUGCAAGACGUCGAUGUGAAAAUCAGUUGUGACCAGUGCAUUGGGAAUCUUUGGGAAACCAGCUCUUACUUCCACUAAGUCAUUAUCAUAAGGAAUCUACCAUGGAAGACUGGAUUUCUUUGGUUUCGUUGUCAAAUGACAAUCCAUUCAUUGUUUCCUAGAAAUUUCCUUUUUGAACUUGAGGACAUUGAACUUUUUUUUGAAAAGACUGGCCUCCCCCCUGUGAGCUCUAACUGGCCAAAAUUGAGUUAUUACCCUCUUCCAUCUUUAUGCAAGUAUCCAUGUCCCCAUGUUCCAAAGGCAGAAAGCAUUUUGUGCUGCACCUCAUUUCUAAAGCAGUCAAAUCCACCUGAGUCUCAAUACACCAUACAACAGACUUUCCCAGGCCUAAGGGUCACAACCCACUCGGGUUGACAUGGGGUUUUGGUUUGUCACCAAGGGCUGAGAGCACAAGAAACACGUGUUUAGAUUUUUCAUCUUGUGUUUUUGCACUGUUCUUUCCAAUUGGCCUAUGACCUUCCUUGUGAGUUACUCAGUCAAAAAGUUUUGGAGCCACUGGUAUACAGUAAGUAGUUGAAAAGUCUUUGGUUGAGUUUUGGUAAUACAAUGUUGUGAUGAUAUUCCCUGAAGUGGAAGUUUGGAAUUCCAGCAUUGAACAUUGCAUUCCUCUCUUGCUGAUAAUUUUGCUGCAGGGAUUAUGAAAGAUGGACCAUGUGGAAUGUUGUAUCAAUAGCAUUUGUUGAAUUUUGUGCUUUAUGCUUAUUUAUAUACAGUAGGCGAAAAUUUAUUGUGGUGUUGGCUGUUGAAAUCUCUUGAAUUAUUGUGAUUCCAUAUUUUGACUUUCAAGAAUUUAAUGCAGCUUCAUAUUUUUUUAUGAAAUACAAUGACUGGCUUGUGU